GGUUAGAUGUUUAUAUAUGGCAAAAACAUCAAAAAAAUGCCAACAUUUCAAUACUUAUCGCUUAAAAUUUUAUAAUUUGUACUGUAUUUGAAGCUCUCUAACCAUUGCUGUUUAAAUAUGUUGCAACGGUAUAAAAUUUCUAAAUUGCUAAUAGCUGUUUAAUACGGUUACUUUCAGCAUACGGAAUAAUUUAAUUUGAAAUGUUCAAAUUAGAAUCUUACAUUACACCGAUUUUGUUGAGCUAUGUUAACCGGUAUAUAAGCAACCUUAAACCAGAAGAUUCUCAGGUUUCGCUAUGGGGAGGAGAUGCUACAUUCCACAAUCUUGAACUGAACUUGCAAGUCAUCGAACAGGAGUUGCAAUUACCAUUCAGUUUUGUGUCUGGAAGUAUAAGGGAGUUACAGAUUCAUGUACCAUGGACAAAGCUAACCUCAGAACCUAUUACGAUCACUAUAAAUACUAUAGAAUGUAUAUUAAAUUUAAAAGGAAAAAAAUCAACCCCAAAUGCUUCUGCCCAAGCUAAAACUAAUAAGCCAAAAAAGCCUGCAGGGAAAGAAGUUGAGGCACCUCAGGGAUAUGUACAACUACUUAUAAACAAAAUUGUGAGCAACAUCAGGAUUCAUUGCAAUAAUGUUAUUUUGAAGUAUGUUGAGGAAGAUAUUGUCCUUUCUAUGAAUGUUAAGCAUUUAAAAUUUCAGUCUGCAAAUAAAAAAUGGGAACCAGCUUAUACUGAUCUGUCUCCCACAGAAGUGAUUUUAAGGAAAAUAAUAACAGUGAAUGAUUUGACAUUAUGUCUAGAUAAAAGGAACGCAUCAGGAAAGAUUGAGGUUUAUCAAGAGCCAAUGCUGUAUAGAUGCUCAAUGACUAUGCAUUUGCUGAAACAUUAUCACUCAACAUCUGCUAAAAGAGCAUCUACAACUAGAUUGGACAUUUAUUGCAAUAACAUGGAAUUCAGCACUACUGAGCAACAGGUUCCGAUGUUCUUAAGAUUAUUAAUGUUGUUAUAUGCACUGCAACAGAAAAAGCUGAAGCCUGAAAAACAAACUGACACACAAGGGACAUCUGCUUCAACAAGUGCUGCUGAUGAAAGUGAGUUUCAAGAGUCUUGGACCGAUUGGGCGUGGUCAUAUGUAUCAGCUGUUCUACCAGCACCAUGGGAAGAGGAGGAUAAUUCUCAACAACUUGAAAGCCCUAAAGGGCAUACUUUGCAUUUGUGCUUCUAUGUUGAUAACGCUUCAGUCACAUUCAAAGUUUCAGAAACGUCUGGUAUAGAAAGAGGCACUCUAUAUCCACAGAAGAAGAUGAGAUAUAAUCCGAUGUUGGUGUUGAAACUUCAAGGAUUAUAUAUGGAAACAGUUAUUCAUGGAAUGAAAUGGUUCAGUGCCAUGGGUGGAAUCGGCCAAGCUAUACUCCUGCCUGUUGGCUUGUGCAGCUGUGCUGAGACGGAAAUAAUUGAAGAGAAACAUCCUAUUAACUAUUUGCAAAUAGGUUCUCCUACAAGUUUCCACAUGAAAGACUCCUUGUUCGAUGCAAAUGCAGAAGAAAACAAAGGCAGAAAGAGAAAGUACAAUAAAUCAUGGGACUAUCAUAUGACUGUAUUUACUGAAGCUAUAUUAUUAGAGAGAACGCCAGCAUUUGCCUUCGAUUACCUUUAUCAGCUGGAAGUACCAAGUGAUACGUCCAGCGAUAUUUUAUCAGACUUUGGAAGCGACUAUGAAUUUAGCAAUUUCGUGGAGAAAUCGAGCACGCGCGUCUGUUUCGGCCCGCUUCGUUUGCGUCUCUGUUCGGGCCUCUUCCACCGAAUGGCAACACUGCGCGUGGCAGCCGCCUACUACGAUUACCCCCCCUACUACACCGACCAACUGGAUCCGCCUUUGCGCGAUUUGCGCCCGCCCUCUGAAGAUGACUUGAACGCCCUCACUCAAUUCAUACCCAGCCGAAACGUCAGGAUCACCUUUUUCGCGCCGAUCAUCGAGAUCGAGCUCAUGGAUCAUCCGUACUUUCAACCGGUCAAAGGGUGUCUGCUCAAAAGGAAAAAGAAAGUGUCAAUGACGAACAUUCCACCGAAAAGUAAAGUGAACCUGCCCAAACUGACUAUCGAGUGCCAAUUUCUGGACAUGACUAUGAAUUAUCCGAUGUACGUGAAUCGAUUGGUACACACUACGUGUCAACUGAAAGACGCGCCCAAGAAACUUUUCGACGGCUGCUUCACCAGGAAAAUCGUUAAAGUGGUCGGCCUGUGCAGCAGGUUGCUCAUUGGACAGAAACAUACGACCAUCUUAACACCUUCUAGCCUCUCGUAUUGCUGCAAUGCCAUUUUACAGCCGCAAUAUUGGUGGAACCCGAAUAUUCCGCACAACGAGAUCACUUUUGAAUCGGAAAGUGUAACGUUGAACGCCACCAAUGCGAAAAUGAUGGUCAUUGCUACCAUCAUAUCGAAAUUGAUCGUGCUCGACUCUGACGGAGCUACGAAAAUGAUCAACACCACCACCAUGUUGCUGGAUGCGUGCAAAGAUUACGGUUUUCCUUACAUGGAGUUAUACGUCGAAGGCAUACGGUACAAGAAAGUGGUAACGAAUGCAACAACGUCGAUAGACAUGAGCUUAGGUUGCGUCAAGGCUUUCAUAUUCGAAAAAAUCGACAGCAAAACCACGAAAAGCAAGAAGUCUAUCGCUUCGGAAGACAUUCAACAGGUGCUCUUUCUAUCCGGACCGGAAACGAAAUCUGCGGGGGCGGCUGCCAGUAAAACUAAAUUAAAGAAUAAAAAGAACGCGGAAGAAAUCCCUUUGCUGACGGUGACUUUCCAGUAUCCUUUAAGUCCUCAUAAUCAAAAACACGCACCAAUUUUGCUGUUCAACUUGCAAGAAAUCAGAAUAUGCGUUGAUCCUUUACUGUGCAAAUGGCUGUUGUAUCAUCCUAGCGAGAUUGCUAACGCUGGCAAAUCGGAUUUGCAGAUAACGAAUAAAAGUAAGAGUGCCGCUUACCAGGCGAGCGUCAGCGGAGGCAGCGCAGUGGACACGCCCCGUCGCAUUGGCACCCAAUCGGUGCACAGCAGUUCAGACUGGGAGCCAAUCCACGUCGUCGCAGCGGCGUCCAUCGUAACGCCCACUAAUCCGACAGCGGGCAAUGAAGAACAGGCCGCACACACGUCGCACGUCGAUCUGCAGGAGAAAAUCUACAACGUUCUAAGGAAAUGGUUCGACGUUUGGAAAGGAGUUUUCCUGCAAGGGGACGUUUCGCAGUCCACCAUUUAUUUCCCUCUAGUUUCAUUGUCGGCUGUAGGAUCGCAAGGCAUCCAAGAAGCAGUAGAAUCGGCCGUGAACAAAGAACACCCUCCUGAAAUGAUGGUGAUAACUUUGCCGUUCGCGAACGUACGAAGCGCUCAUCGGCAAAGCAUCAAGAAGUACCUGAGAGCGCUCCCCGUGUCGGUGCCCAACACCGUGUGGACCGAGAAAAGUUCCAGCUUACCAUGGACGAUCUCCGUAUCCGAUCUUAGUUGCUACACGGUGCAACACGGCAACAAACUCACUUUUUUGAAGCCGGUAUCGCUCAGCGCCACCAUAGGAUUGACCACGAAACCGCCUAAGGUAGAGAACCAAAGUGUUGCCGAUACUAGCAGUAAAAGUGCUACCAAUAACGAAAAAGCAGCUGUCGACAUCGGCUACCUGGGCAUUUGCGUGCAUAUCGACAUGUCGCCGAUCGUGGUGUCCACCUCGGAGGUUCAAGUCUAUCUGUUCGCCAGCAUACUCUAUGGUCUUAUGGAGGUAGCAACCAAUUUGAUUCCGAAGAAACAAAAACCUCCAAGUAAGGUUCCAGAUGUGAUUCCACAGGUGGCGCUCAAAAGUGGUUCUUCGAUGGUUUCGCCAUCGCAGACCACGCACAAGGAUUCGAGUAGUGGAAAAACGGCGUCUAAACUUAAGAAACCUGACAAUGCCGAUAGUGAUUCUAUCAAACUGACAGCCUGGGUGCAAUGGACAAUCACUAGGUUUACAAUAGAGCUGCUGUCAAACGAGUGUAACGCCGACCCUGAGAACGACCUUGAGUCUCAACAGCCCAUGUUGAAGUUAGUUGUGGAUGCGGAGGACAUCGUUAGUUCUUUGGACCUUCAGAGCGUAUACUUAAAGAUCAAAAGCAAGAUUGGUUCGGCAUCAAUACAGCAUUUCAAGAGAGCGACGGCAAGUUCAAAAUGGAUGCCAGGUCCGUUCUCCGGCACGGUGAUGCGACAACGUGAAGACGUGGUGUCCGUGUCCAGCGAUCAGCAACAGCUUCAACAGCAAAGACACCACGAAGAUAACGGUUUUAUGUGCGUGACAAUAACUCGAGCCAGCUGCCAGCAUACGCACACGUUGUGGGGGACCGGCGGGACCCCGUCGAGAGGUGCUCAAGGGAAGCAAAGCGCAAAGGAGGGAAAGAAGGCCUCAACGGCGAAUUUACAGGCCGCUAGUAUGCUGUCGCCUUCUAGAUAUAUCACGGAGAUCGUUGUCAAUGUACAGCCGACAGACUUUGUGAUAUCACUGAACACGCUCCGCAGCUUCUAUCUAGUGAUCGCUCCCUUAUUGGAGAUCCCUCUAUCCAGCGAGCCAGCACCGUUGACUUCCCCAUCUUCAUCCUCGACGCUCCUCCUGCAAACUGUCAACAGCCAAGUUCUGCCGUUGGCUUACUUGGAAUGUCAGGAUAUUCGAGUGGUGAUGCCUUCAGUCGAACUGGGAAGUACCGGAGCCAUGCAUGACGUCAUCAUCUUACAGGUUCAAAAGAUCAGCCUGACUCCAUCAGCUGUGAAUCCGAUCUGCAGAACGCCGAUUCGACAAGACAUUUACGAUCAAGCGGUACAUGCCAGAAUCCUCAAUAUACCGGGUAGCGAAGUGGAGGACCGACAAUACCAAUUCGACAUGUUGGGCAUCUCAAUCUCGACAGGCACUUGGGACGACAUCGACGCCGUCUUCUCGCCAACGGGCACCGCUUCCUCUACGCUGCAUCCGCUCAGCGAAAACCCCGCCUUGGAAUGGAACAAUCUGGAGCAAGGUCAUCCGUACUUCCAUCCCAUCAUGAAUCUGUGGAACGUCUCGGAGAGGUUCGACAUCAGCGUGGUCGCCGCACCGGCGAUACUCUACAAAUCGAACACUCUCGUUUGCGGACACUCUGUAGAAAUCAACUUCGUUUCGGACAUCGUAGUCAACCUGUCGCUCAAUCAGAUCAAAUUGGUGUCAGCGAUCCUGAGCGAAUUUGCGAGCUUGGUCGAACCACUGCUUCUAGACGACAGCGCGUUAGCCAGACCGAAAAUCAUCUUUCCUUACUCCAGAUUCGAACCGUCUGUGGACAACACCGUCAAAUGGGAUCCCCAGGAGAUCAUCCGUGACUCUGGCAUCGAUACGUCGGACAUUAAAAGCGUCAAGUCUUCGUCCAGGGCAGCAUUGAAGGGUUUAAGCGAGAGAGAACAUCAGCUUUAUAGCAAAAAACAUAGCUCGGUUACCAUGGUGUACACAGCGGCACCCGUGGACGUUCUUUUCACAGCAGGCAAAAUCGGACUGUCCCUCUACCAGAUCGACGAUGGAAAACCGAACAUUUACAAGCAAAAGAAGAAAAAACGUCCAUACAAAAUCGACCCUGAUGAUCUUGGGUACGAGGCUGAAGAAGAAAGCGUUGAAGAUAAAGAGCCUAAGAAAUACAACCCUUUGGUAUACAUCUGCGUGAAACAGCCUAACGUGUUUCUGUCAAAGCACGCGGCAGGUCGCCGAAUGCAGAUCUCCUGCUACGACUUGAACCUGAAAAUGCGCGGCCCCGAGUACCCCCCGGUGGGCAACGUCCCCACAGAGGACGAUUACCCCGUCGAUCUGCUAGAAACGAAAUCAGGAGUUCCGGAUGCGAACACCGGAAUCCUGCCUGCCUUCUUCACGCUCAAAUAUAUCAAAGCUGGCAGUAAGAAUCACGGGCAUUUGGACGUGAAUAUCGCCAAGCCCACUAAGGUUCUAUGUUCUAUGUCUAGGUGGAGCUAUUUGCAGAUCAUCAGGGAUAGAUUAUUGGACACAUUCAAAAGAACCGACAGAAAUAUUACGUCAGUUGUUGAAAAAACAGAUAUUUCGAAUCUUCAUCUCAGCAUAAAUAAAAGUGAUACCUACACGAGGUUUCAAGAAAUGAAGGAAAUCCUGAAAAGAGUCAAUUCGGUUAAUUUGAAAAGUGAUCAACUUGUAUUUGCUUUCAAAUCCGAUGCUGGGCAUGAGAUGGAUCUGGCUUUGGAAAGGAUCACAAAUAACCUGACAUUAUCGAAUAGACCUGAGAAGGUGUCAGUUGUAUGUGGUUUACAUAGUGUCACAUUGAACGUUAUCAGCAAAAACUUCAAAAAGAUCUUACUCAAUCCAUGGACAGUCACGUUCAACGUUUCCAUGUUCUGGGAAUCCUGGCAAACAACUGAUAGCAGUCCACAGAUCCAAAUAACAGUGGAAAGCGACUGCAUAAUGUUGGACGUCUGCCCUGAACAACUGAAAUGCGUACAAAUCGUGUCGAAGGACAUCGUCGAAUUCAUAUCCUCUUUCCCCUCUAAAGAUGAGGGCAAUACGAGCAGGUGCAGCAGUUCUGCAUAUUCGGCGCCUUCUUCUUCUUUGUAUUCCGCCCCACCGCAAGUUUUCAAGAAAGUCUCGGACAGGGAGCAACAUUACAAGGACGAUCUUAGAGCCGGAGCGUUCCAGUUCGUCGAUUCGAACACUGAUAAACCUGAUGAAUUGCCGCUGCCAUAUCAGGUGAUGUUUUGGAACAAAUCCUCGUUAUCAGCGAUGGCUUGGCGUUAUCCCCAACCUCGAGCGUUGACCAAAGUUCGAGUAUUCCCCGUGCCUUACAAAAUGAGCCUCGGCUAUCAAGAGGACUUGGUGGUGGUGUGCCAUUUGGAGUACUGGUCCGAGUGCAGGAAUUGCUACCUGCCGUACACGCAGUUCUACCUCUCGGAGAGCGAAGUAUGUCAUCUGACACUUCCUCAGGGCACGCCAAGGACAGUAGUGGCGUCAACGUGGCGAGUGGUGAUAACAACCGUGAACGAAGGCAAUAGCGAUGAAGAUCUUUCAAAGGACGUGGUGAUAUCUCCUCGCGCUUUGGCAGCCUGCAUGCGCAUCGAUUCCUAUUUCGACAAAUCGCUGAUCCCGCAUUUGACGGCCGCGCUUUACGUGACCAAAAUCGAACUGGCCCUGUACAACUAUUUCGAUAAAGAGGCUCAGCAUGCUCCCAAGAUGCCCGAUUGUCUGAAGAACUAUACACCAGAUUUGCUGUUUCCCGAUAUUCAAAGGUUCAUGUCGAUCGUUUUGGAGAAUCUAACAUCGUAUGGUCUGUGCUGGGAAACAGACGUGUUGACCGUUGAAGUGAGCUCAGCUUUAAAAUGCAACGUCUUGGACUUGAUGUAUUUGACCGAACAGUCCCUCAUUGAUCCGUUCACGUUCAAAGUUGAACUCAGUCUAGCGGACAGUCUCAACUGUAACAUCAUUUCAAAACCGAUACAGAUCAAGCUAGGUCCGACGAUAGCGCACACGUUAGCCGUUUCCAGUCAGAUGUGGAGUCAAAGCAACAAACCGAAAGACGCCGUUCGCGACUUUAUCGUAAUGACGAGAUACGUCGUUUGCAACGACACCAACAUGAAUCUGCGUUUCGGCCAAACGGGGACCGAAGAAGCGAUUUUGCUGGCCCCGAGGUGCUGUCAUCUGUACGCGUGGAGGUCGCAGAGGAAGAAAGAGCAGCUCAAAGUCGCAAUGGAGGAGAAUGGAUGGACGAGGUCGUUUCCGGUGGCGCAAGAUGCCGUUCACACCAUUCACUUCAAUUCGGAUAAAAAUUAUACGAUCAUCGUUACGGUCAAGUCGUUGUCUGCUACUCAAAAACAGGUAAUACUUUCUGGCCAACUGAUCGUCAGCAACACUUUGCUGGAACAUUUGGACCUGAAGGUAGUCGAAGAAGUGGCGAAAGAUAACAAAGAACUGGAAUUUAAGAACUCCCCAACUUAUAUCGUGCCCGGCAGAAGUAAUACUUCGUCGAUUUUCAUAAGCAGCAGAAAAAAUUAUUUUCUAAGGUUGAGGUUCUACGGCUUAGAUUCUGCAUGGACUGGAGAUAUUCCUUUAAGGGAACACGGUACCGGGUCACAACCGUGGCUAGUAAAAGUGCCUCUGCAGGAACGCGGGCAAUUUCUGAGCAUCUGGUGUCGCAUCGUAACCGAACAAGUGCACAAGGUGAAACGCACCAUGGCCAUUUUGUGGCCGCUGUUCUCUGUCAAGUCGAAUCUGCCGAUCAGUUCGAACGUUCACAUCGAAACGCCAACGUUGAACGUUCAUCUUGACGCGGUGGUCAAUGGCAAAGGGGAGUUGCAACAACUUUAUUGUCCAGGAACGAUCGAUCACUCGCAUCAAUUAACUUUCAAGAUCGACAAUUCCGAUCCAAUAGCAAAUCCAUAUGUCCCACUGAAUUAUACCCUAGUGGAUCAUCAACAUUUUUUUAAAAAACCCGAAAUUAAUAGUAUCGAAGAUAUCUUGAGUGAACUGAAUCAAUUCGAUAAAUCGACUUGGCCCUAUUUUGGAGACGAAUUAGACGAAAUUGAUUGGAUCGUUGCCGAUCAACCGUUAACGCAUGUACAAGUGAGAUACCGGAACUCUUGUCAGUACUCGUGUUCUCUGUUAGUAGAACUUCUGCCAUGGUGUUUGACAGUGAACACUUUGGGCGUUCCUAUCACCAUCAAUGUUAGCGGCAUCGAACUCUGCAAAAUACCACAUUAUGGAAUCGUGGCACCGCCGAAAUUAGAGGAGAAUUUUAACAUAGGCGUUUGCUCUGGCGGUACUUGGUGUUACACGGAACCUUUGCAGUUGUCCAAAUCGGACUGGAGUCAAUCUUUCUACAUGCCUAAAUUCACAGGAACGAUACCUUUAGAAGGUUGUAUCAAGUCCCCGAUUAUAUGCGAUUCGCAUAUCUGCAUGUUAUCCGUCACUAGCACCAUCAAGAAUGAGAUUAGAUUGCUAAAAGUCUCUUCCACGCAUGUACUGUCCAAUCAUAUGGCAAUGCAGGUGCAAGUGAUAUGCUUUGCCGUUCCAGACGAGGAAGGGAAAUUUGAUAUUCCAGUCAACAUGGAAAGAUAUUGCUUUACUGUCGCGCCACAUUUGGAUAAAAGCAAUUCCGGCAUCUCUGUGAUCCAGUGGUUCACGUUGACAUCUGCCGCAUCAUCGAAGAGCAAGGAUCCGCACGCGAUAAACUACGCCCUGUACAUGUCCUUUUCGAUCGACGAUUCGCACUCUCCGCACGGUUGGUCGAGUCCGAUUCGCGUCGACAAACCGCUGCUAAGGAAAUCGUUCGCGCUUCGUACCGGCGACUACUCUAUUCCUGUGGUGCUCACCUCGCAAGAUAACAAGGGACAAACGGUCUAUUUGACCAUACACGAGGAUGAUAGGCCGCAACUGUUUAUCGAGAACACCACCGGGGCUACGCUGUUCAUCGCGCAGGCUUUAGGCGAUGGUCGCGUAUCCGACGAAUGUCAGCACUUCAAAUGGCGAUGUCGCGUGCGCAACAUGGAGCGCAUGUAUUACACGAUGCCGAUUCUAUCCGAGAAAUUCCCGGAUCUGCCUCCGGCCACCGAGACCGCGUACGGGGGCGGGAGCGGAAGCAGCAGCGGGGACAAAAUAGCGAUUGCCUGCGACCCCGAGAGCGAUUUGAACGGGUUUCAUUGGUCGAACGCGAUCACCAUACUCCAUGACAAUGAACAGUUCCUCAAGAUACCUUAUUAUGGAGAUAUCAGGGUGAGAAUAGCAAAUACGGCUUGUGCGACGAUCGUCUUAUUGGAAUCUGUUAGUCAAGUGGAGAUCAGUGCCAGAGACAUCAGAGUUCGUCUCCUCAUGCAGGAAAUCAACAAUACGGAGGCUUCUGUUGGCGGAAAAAUCACCGGAACCACGUCGGUACCUGGUAAUAAACGCACAGCUAAACCUAACAGCUCGGAAUGCCUGGGAAGAUCUCAGUCGGACACUUCGAUCGUUGAUGCGAACAAAUGUGCGCCCAAUGUUAACAAAAUGUCUUCGUUAGCUGAACAUCGCACUUGGCAGGGAUCCAGACGAGGUUGGUCUGACACUGAUUUGUCUGUACUUUCUGCGACUGCCAAAGAGAUGAUAGCGCAUACUUUGCCGAUGCGAGACGUUUGGACUUCGAUCACGUUCAACGCGUUUGUGAAAUCUUUCGUGUUGGUAUUCGUUUCUGACGUCGAUUUCGACACCAAAGAAAAAUGGGAGCUGAUGAGUCUCGUAUGUGAUAAUGUCGUAUGCACGGCGGUGCAAAUUGAAAGCAUGAAACUGAAAAUAACAGCGUCCGACGUUCAACUUGACAAUCAGCUGUACGUAAGGGAAUCGUACGAUUUCCCAGUUGUGCUGAUCGGCCAAGAAAAGCGCCAGACUAAGAAAUUAACUUCUCUGAACAUUCCAAUUGAAAGCCUGAUCGAAGACUGUGAUGAAAACGCUUUGCUCGUUCUCGAGUUUUGCUUAGAAACCUGGUGUGAUAAAUUUAGAGCCGCGACGUGUACCGCUGUGAGAUCUGUGAAGGUUACAUUGAAUCCGUUAUCGUGUUACAUAGAGGAUAUUUACGUUACAAAACUGAUGGAAUACUUCAAUAUGUUUACUCCAAAUAUGUUAGUGAUAUUACCAAAGCAAAAGUCGGAAGUUAAACUGAACGUUCCUGCCGGAUCGGUUUUUGUACCAGAAGUGUUGUCGUGGCAAUGCGCAGUGUUAGCGAAACCGUUGACCGUGAGGAACGUCCUGAUAGCCCCAAUUUCUCUUCUAUUAUCCGUACAUAGUUCUAUCAAACUGUACAUCGCCUUGGAUCAGAGUCCUCUGCAGUUCGGCAAAUUCGAGAGGAAAAGGAUCCUAACCACUCCUUACAGGUUAGGGCAUGCUCUGACAAUGCAUUAUCUUUCCGGAGCUAUUUUCGGAGCUGGUUGGGUGGUUAGCUCUUUAGAGCUACUCGGUAGCCCAGGUGGACUAGCCAGAGCUAUGGGAACUGGUUUGAGAGAUUUUGUCAGCUUACCUUGUAGAGGUAUCUUCGUGGGACCCAUGGCCUUUCUGAGGGGCAUCACCCAGGGCUCCGCGUCCUUGAUGCGCCAUGUUACUGCCGGUACUUUACAAUCUGUCACCAAGUUGGCGUCCAGCGUUGCCAGGAAUCUGGAUAGGCUUACUUUGGAUGAAGAGCAUCUGAGGAGGACAGAGGAGCAGAGACGGCAAAGACCACAGGGGUUAGCUCAAGGUUUUAUGCAGGGUUUGACGGGGUUGGGAAUAAGCCUGUUAGGAGCCGUUGGUGGUAUAGCUCACCAUCCACUUCAGUCGAUGAUAGCAGAUGGCGCUUCGCCGCGAUCAUUGGCCGCUGGAGUUGGUCUAGGAUUGGUCGGAAUCGUCACGAAACCGCUUAGCGGAGCUGCAGAAUUGGUCGCGUUGACUGGACAAGGAUUGCUACAAGGUGCCGGUUGGAGUUCCCUCCCUGAACCGCGCUCAUAUCCACAAGCGUACAAAGUUGAAUACGCGCCGAAUUCUAGUCUCAAAUAUAACUGGAAACACGUACAGGCGUUGUGCAGUCGCAUGCUGUUCGCCACGGAAGCAACGAGCGUCGUCGGCGGAGCAGUGCACGACGCAGUCGCUUUGAUCCUCACCUUGGAAGCGCUGAUCGUCGUCAAUUUGGACAGAGACGAUUCGCUGCAAGUGCUCGGAAUACAACAGUUGCAUAUCAAACAUUCCGAUGAUCCUACGCUGUUAAUGCUCAAGCUUAAUAAACCGCCAGCACCGCCCUCAACGGCCCAACAGCAGCACCAUGACGACCAAGAACCAAAUAAGACUGAAGAAGAAGAAGAAGAAGAAUUUGCGAUGGAAAUGGAUCCGGUGAGCCGAGCACGAGUGGCUGACUACGUGAAGAGCACCGUAAAUCUGCUGAACCUGCAAGACAAAGGACUUUCGAAAAGUGCCGGCGAACAUUCAGAAAUCAGCAUAUCGCCUCUUUCUACGCCAGGAAUCGUUGAGGACGCACAUGAAGAAACCACCGUUUACACGUACUACGUCAGCCCUCAGAACAGGAACUAUUUUGUGUGUCUGAUGAAGCUCGCCAAAAUGCAGCUACACAAUUACAAUUUUCCUGUACUGUGAACUUUUAUACAAAAUAUGUGCGUUUUAUGAAGUAUUAAUUUGUCGAAAUAUGGAAUAAAUUAUAUUUUACUGUUAAAUA